GGACUUUUUAAGAAAGUGUUAUAGAAAUAAUCAGUUGAUUUUUUCGUACCUAUGUUUAGAAAUAUGCUUUGAAUUGUUGAAUAUUUAUUUUUCCUCUUGAACCUGAAUAUUCUUUCAGAACUACCUACAACAUGAGCAAUUUUAGUGUGCUCGGUUCUUUUCUUGUCUUCUGGGUUGCGUUUGCUUCUGCGGGAGUAAUCUCCAGUCGAGAUUAUGUAUCCGGGGAAAAUUUCCGAAAAUUGGCGUUGGCGAACAACGAGUUGGCUUUCAACCUGCACCGAAGACUCGCAUCUGGCUCUUCAGGAAAUAUACUUUUCUCGCCAUUUAGCAUCUCCACAGUUUUCGGCAUGCUUUAUUAUGGAGCCAGAGGAGAAACAGCUGAGGAGCUGAGAGAGGUCCUUGGUUACGAGAGAGCCGAUUUACCAGAUGAACUUGUCCACAGCACUUUCAAUCAUUUCCUGAAAGCCGUUUUACGGAAUAGAGAUUCCACAGACAGAUACGUUUUCGACGCCGCUAAUGCUUUACUUGUCGAUGAACGAUUUGAAAUGUUUGAGGAGUACAGACGCAACAUCCGGGAGUUGUACAGAGCAACCGUACAAAAUGUGGAUUUCUCCAGUGAAGCUUCCAAGAUCGUGGAAGAAAUCAACGAUUACGUCAGGGAGAAGACGAAUGGGAAGAUCGAUAGGGUUUUCGACGAGUUGGGCCCGUCUAGUGUUUUCGUCUUAUUGAACGCUGUGUAUUUCAAAGGAGCUUUUAAGACUCAGUUCAAGCAGGAAAGAACAAGAUAUGAAGUUUUUUAUAAUUACGGAUUGGAAUCAGAAGCAAGAGCUGCCUACAACAUGAGCAAUUUUAGUGUGUUCGGUUCUUUCUUUGUCUUCUGGGUUGCUUUUGCUUCUGCGGGAGUAAUCUCCAGUCGAAAUUAUGUAUCCAGGGAAAAUUUUCGAAAAUUGGCGUUGGCGAACAACGAGUUGGCUUUCAACCUGCACCGAAGACUCGCAUCUGGCACUUCAGGAAAUGUAUUUUUCUCGCCAUUUAGCAUCUCCACUGUUUUCGGAAUGCUUUAUUAUGGAGCCAGAGGAGGAACAGCUGAGGAACUGAGAGAAGUGCUAGGUUAUGAGAGAGCCGAUUUACCAGAUGAACUCGUCCACAGCACUUUCAAUUAUUUCCUGAGGGCCAUUUUAAAGAAUAGGUAUUCCUCAUAUAAAUAUGCUUUCAACGCCGCUAAUGCUUUACUUGUCGAUGAACGAUUUGAAAUGUCUGAGGAGUACAGACGCAAUGUCCAGGAAUUGUACAGAGCAGCUGUACAAAAUGUGGACUUCUCUAGGGAAGCUCCCAGGAUCGUGGAAGAAAUCAACGAUUAUGUCAGGGAGAAGACGAAUGGAAAGAUCUACAGGGUUUUUGACGAUUUGAGCCCGUCCAAUAUUUUCGUCUUAUUGAAUGCUGUGUACUUCAAAGGAACUUUUAAGACUCAGUUCAAGCAGGAAAGAACAAGAUAUAAAGUCUUUUAUAACUAUGGACUGGAAUCCGAAGCAAGGAGAGUGCCUAUGAUGCACGUAACAUCUUAUUUUCAAUAUGCCUCUUUCGAUGAAUUCCAAGCCCUGGAAUUGCCUUACAAGGGAGAAAAUGUCAGCCUGCUCGUCUUGCUGCCAAACGAUAGAUGUGGAAUCUAUGAUCUAGAAGAGAGUUUCACACCUGAAAGACUAACCAACGUCCAGCGACAGCUGUACAGAACUGAGGUAGAUGUCUCGUUGCCAAAAUUCAAAUAUCAGUUCGAGAAAGAACUCUCCCCAUAUAUGAAAGCCCUUGGUGCCAAUCAGAUCUUCAGGACUGGGGCUGACUUCUCAGGAAUGACCCAAAGCAGGGACGUGUUCGUAAGUCAAGUCUUUCACAAAGCAGUCAUCGAGGUGAAUGAAGAAGGAAGCGAAGCAGCGGCAGUGACAGAGAUCGAUGUAGAAGAGACGAGUCUCAAUCUUGAAAAACCAAGAUUCAGAGCAGACCAUCCUUUCCUGUUCGCUAUUGUUGAAAAAAGUAGCAACUUGAUCUUGUUCUUGGGUCGUGUAAAUAGUCUGUAGUAGCAUCUAGAGUUUGAAAACCAAAAUCUGCAAAAACAUUUUCCGGAAGAUAUAAGGUUUUUACUUUUAAUAUAAUUUUUUUCAAUUGAUUUUCACUACUGGAAAAUGUUUUAAACU